AUGUCGUUUGCCGUUAUACCAACUAACAAUUUAUCACAGUGGGCAAAGAAAUGGAUAUUCUUUGUGAUCAUUUUCCCUGUUCUUCUGACCUUCUUUGAUGUGGUGUAUGGCUUCCAUUUCUAUGUCAGAGGCCAACCAUAUACCACCACCGCAUUUGCUGUCUUCACCUUUCUGUGGAACUUGUUCUAUACCAUGUCGUACCUGGCUGUUCUAUAUAUCGUCUCCGAAGGCUCGUUGGCCCCGGUCACGCAACCUGGAGCAAUAGAUCCAAACGACCCCACCAAAGGCACCUAUGUACCAGUUCAGCCUGGGCCCCAACCACCGUUUCAAAACGUCAACACUGCAUACAACAGCCCGAUGCAACAACAACAACAACAGUUUCAGCACAACAUGCAAACUCAACCACCCAUGAGCCAACCCGGAUUUGAGCCUACAAGAAAUGAUUUCUCUCCGUCUCCUCCACCUCAACAGCCCCAAUACUAUGAUCCCGUUAAAAGCCCCGAGUCUCAGGCCUUGAUGCAGGGCCAGACAUAUGAACAGCCAGCGCCCCAGUAUCAGAAUUACCAACAACCUGCCGUUCCUCAGCCUUACAGGUAA